AUGGAGGAGAACAAUGUGCCAAGGUUGAAGUUCUUGCUGCCAUAUCCCCCAAGCAUUCCUCUGGAACCCAGGCCUCUGGAUCCAAGUCAGAAGUGCAAAAAUCAUCCAAACAGAAAAUACUCAGUGACAGAACCAAAAGGUCUCUACUCUGAAAACAUCACUACAUCUAAUUUACAGUUUCUUAAAGAGAAACCUCCCAUUGACCAGAGUUCACAGAGUGAAGGUAGCCUAAUGCGCCACCACCUCAAGGAUCCAAAUGUUAAAACCAGCAAGACUCCACUUGACCUUCCUGACCUGGCUGUAAAGGAUUAUUAUCGAGCUCAUUCAGAGAAACCACAGCUGUUAAACUUCUCUCCUGCUGAAUGUGCACCCAAGGUCCAGGUGCAACACAAAACAAUUUGCGGGAAGAUUCCUCGUAAAUUAGCAAUUGAGAGAUGUCGCAGGGAAUACUUGAAUUUAGACUUUGAAAAGCUAUUGGCAGAAAAAGGUAUAAAUUCUAAUCCCCUCAUGCCAAGACGUCAAAGCAGUCAUAGUAGUCAUAUUGAAUGUGCGCCCUCAUCACACAGUUGUGAGUCUCCUGUAUUUGGCAGACUCCCACUGGAGAUAUUUGACAAUGAAGACUAUGAGUGCCGCACUCCACAAGCUUGGCUUGCUCUGGGUAAUGUUGAUGGGUCAUGUGAUCAAAAACCUGUUCCUGGAAAAGCUUUGCUGCCUUCAGAAGACAAAAUUCCACUUGAGGAUCUAAAAAGCCCAUUCGUGGAUUACAGGUGGCAUUUCGUUGGUGUUCUUGACUAUAGUGUGGACAAAUGCCAGUACCUGGUGCAGAAGGUUGACAAAAACAAAAAAGGAAAUCCUAUUUCUGAUUUGAAAGAAGACGAGAUGAAAAUGAGUCCCAGGCUAACAGGCACUAAAUACUGGGUGCCCAGGAUCAGAUUAUUAUUCUGUGCAGAGGAUCCACGUGUCUUUGUUGAGCGAAUCCAGUGUGCCCUACACAUGAAAGAAAACACAGAAGCCCUGUUCCUGUACCAGCUGUCUGUUGACUGCAUGCCCAUCUGGACUGGAACACCAUCUAUUGAUAGCCACAGUCUCCAGCGCAUCAAAAGUUUGGGUUUUUCAUCCUCUGGUUUGAGCCAGAAAAUUUUAGAGGAAUGUGGAGGACGCCUGGAAAAGGAGUUAAAACUGGAUUAUGUCCGCACUAUGAACCGCAUUGUAUUUAAUAAAAUAGUGUUGGACCAUCCAGAGGAGUUCUCACACGUCACUCUUCCAGAGAGGGAGCCUGAGUAUGUACCGCACAAAGGCAAAUUUCCAGUUCCUUACUAUGAUUAUAAGAAGAACCGAGCUGCAUUUGUCUUGAGUUCCUUGUUAACAACAUCAGAAGUGGUCCAUGCAUUGUCAGAAAUCCAGUCCAACUGCAGCAAAGUAGCCACAAUGAGACUGUUCAAUGUCAGCCUCAUCAAACCAUACUGUCUGGAGGAGUUUGAAAUGAUGCAGUCUAAGACACAAACACAGGUAAAGGUGUUUCUUCAAGGAUCAUGGGUGAGCACGCUGUGUAAUAUCAUCCAUUCCAACCUGGAGAGUAUUACCUCAGGCUAUUACAACCUGAACGAAAGCUGCUGGGAAAUGUACAGGAUGUCCAAGCUGUGCAAACUGAUGGCUGUGGUGCGCUUGAAACAGCAGGACACCCUGCGGCAUAUUGUGCAUCAGUCCCUGGUCAGCCUGGCUCAGUUACUGUUGGAUGCCUGCCACAGUGUGUUGGUGUGCUCUCAGGACCUCAUCUGGGGCAACAACCUCAUUCACAGCCCCUACAUGCCAAAAAAGAAUCCUCUGUUCCUGGUGAACCUGGUUUUGGAUCAGAAUGGGGUUCACUAUAGCUCUUCUCUGGAGGAUUUUGAACGAUCUGUUAUCCACCUGUUUGAUAACUGUGUUCUGGCUACACAUGGUACACCACAACUUACAAAGUUUGUGAUGCAGAAGAUGUUUAUCCAUGGUGAUGAAUCGCUUACUGGAGUGAAUUUGUAUGAACCUGAAGUAGUAGAACUGAGAGAGAAGAUCCGCACAGCUCUCACUAAAGCUGCCAUACCUCUCAGGGCAUACGCUGUGGAAUAUCAGAAGUUCUUGGAGUUACACAACUUGGAUGUAGAAGCUUUCCUGAGGUCCAAUAUCGAACCAGAGCAAACAUCGCAAGAAGUGAAAAAAGCAGUGUUGCAACAUUUGAAAGAAAAGGAGAAACUUGAACACUCUCUGCCAUCUUCCAUUGACAUUGGCCCAUUUACUGUCUGUGUAGGGACUGUACGGCAGGCUCUCAUCAAGAAAAAACUGGCAUUAGCAAAUGCAAUGCUAGACCAACUUGCAGUGAAACUACGCAAGCAGAUUGAUGAUAUAUGUGACAAGUGUAUGGCGAUCAAUGGCAGGCUGUGUGAGACGCCAAACACCAUUGAAGAACUGGCUGAAAAGAGGGAGUGGAUGAAACAGAUCCCAGACCAGCUAAGGAAUCACAAGGAAAUUACAUGUAACGCCCUGUCAGAAUAUGAGCUACUGGAUGAAUUCUUCUACACUGUUUCAAGUGGAGAUGAAAGCAGAAAGUGGAUGGCAAUUGCGUGGCCUCAAAAGAUACUGAACCAGGCGGAGUCUAUAGCAGUACAACAUGAGGAAGAUCAGAAGCACUUUCAUAAAAUCCAGCUGAUUGACCAGGACAAAUUUAGAGAACAUUUGGACUCCCUGAAGAUGCUGACUGAUGGGAUGACAGCCCAUUCAGACAUUAAUAGUGCUCAUGAAAUGGCCAAAGAGGUGAAGCGUGCGAGAAAACAACUUGCAGAGUGCCAGACUAUGGCCCAAACCUACAACUGCAGACAACACCUCCUUGAUAUUCCAGUCACUAACUAUGAUUAUGUGCAGAAGAUGGCAAAGGACUUUGAGCCAUUUAUGGACCUGUGGACAACCACUUCUGACUGGCUGCGUUGGCAUGACAGCUGGCUCAAUAAUUCGCUUUCUAUCAUCGACCCUGAACAACUUGAGCGCAAUGUCACAGAUGCCCACAGGACCAUGCAGAAAUGUAUUAAACAGCUCAAGGAUUAUCCUGAGUGCCAGAUGGUGGCAGCUGACAUCAACAGCAAGAUUGAGGACUUUUGCCCAUACAUCCCUCUGAUUCAGUGCCUUAGAAAUCCAGGGAUGAGGAACCGUCACUGGCAGGUGCUUUCUGAGCGCAUCCAGGUGACAAUUAUGCCAAAAGCCAACCUGACCUUCUCCCACUGCCUAGAAUUAGGCUUACAGAACCACUUUGAUGAAAUAAGCCAGGUGGCUGAGACAGCUGGAAGAGAGUACACCAUUGAAAAGUCCAUAGAAAAGAUGGAGCAAGAGUGGUCCACAGUCAUUUUGGAUGUGCUACCCUAUAAGGAGACAGGCACCUACAUCCUCAGCAGUCCAGAUGAAGCCUCUCAGUUGCUAGAAGACCACAUUGCCAUGAUGCGGAGUCUGUCUUUGUCUCCUUUCAAGAAAGCUUUUGAGGACCGCAUUGACAGCUGGGAAAAGAAGCUCAAAAUGACUCAAGAUGUGCUGGAAGAGUGGCUGACAUGCCAGUGUGCCUGGCUCUACCUGGAGCCCCUUUUCAGCUUUGAUGAUAUCAAUCGCCAGCUGGCUACAGAGGCAAAGACAUAUCAGAAAAUGGAACGAACAUGGAGGGAAAUCAUGAAGCAUGCUUUUAAUACUCAACAGGUGAUUAAGAUGUGCCCCGAUGCUAAACUGCUGGAGGAACUUAAGCAGUGUAACAAGCAGUUAGAACAGGUACAGAAAGGUCUUAGUGAGUACUUGGAAACAAAGCGAGGAGCCUUCCCAAGGUUUUACUUCCUGUCAGAUGAUGAGCUGCUGGAGAUUCUGUCUCAGACCAAAGAUCCUACUGCUGUGCAGCCCCACUUACGCAAAUGCUUUGAGAACAUUGCACAGCUUCAAUUCCAGCCCGAUCUUAAAAUCACACAUAUGUACUCUGGAGAAGGAGAGGAGGUGAAGUUGUUUAUGCCAGUACAGCCUACAGGACAUGUAGAAGACUGGCUGAAGAAGGUGGAGAAAUCUAUGAAGAACACUUUGAGGGAUAACAUUGACCGUUCGUUGAAGGUUUACCCAGAGCAACCUCGCACAGAGUGGGUGUUGUCAUGGCCCGGUCAAGUGGUGAUCGCUGGUUGUCAGGUCUUUUGGACUGCUGAAGUGUCAGAGGCUUUGGAGCAGGGAGAUUUUGCCAAACGUCUAUAUCCUCAGCUCCAGGCACAGCUUAAUGACUUGGUGCACCUGGUUCGACGACCGCUCUCUCGGAUGCAGCGGGCAGUGCUGUCUGCUCUCAUUGUCAUAGAGGUUCAUGCUAAGGAUGUAGCAGCCAACCUGGUGGAGCAGGGAGUCUCAAACACCAGUGACUUUGAAUGGAUCAGUCAGCUCAGGUACUACUGGGCCAAAGACAACUUGUACAUCCGGGCAGUGAAUGCAGAGUUCUUGUACGGGUAUGAAUACUUGGGUAAUUCUGGACGUCUGGUCAUCACACCGCUCACAGACCGAUGCUACUUGACCCUAACAGGGGCUCUACAUCUGAAGUUUGGAGGGGCUCCUGCUGGUCCAGCAGGGACAGGAAAAACAGAAACUACCAAAGACUUGGGAAAGGCUCUGGCUAUCCAGACAGUAGUUUUCAACUGCUCAGAUCAGCUGGACUUCAUUGCAAUGGGCAAAUUUCUUAAAGGGCUGGCGAGCUCUGGGGCCUGGGCAUGCUUUGAUGAGUUUAACCGUAUUGAUGUGGAGGUGUUAUCUGUUGUGGCACAACAGAUCACAACCAUACAAAAGGCACAACAGCAGAGGGUGAGCCGGUUUGAGUUUGAAGGGAAAGAGAUCCCCCUUAUUCCAUCUUGCGCCGUCUUCAUCACGAUGAAUCCUGGUUAUGCUGGUCGCACAGAAUUACCUGACAAUCUGAAGGCCCUGUUUCGUCCAGUGGCUAUGAUGGUUCCUGACUAUGCUAUGAUAGCUGAGAUCUCUCUUUACUCAUUUGGCUUCAGUGAUGCUAAAGUCCUCUCCAAGAAGAUCACCUCCACUUUCAAGCUCUCCUCUGAACAGCUUAGCUCUCAGGAUCAUUAUGAUUUUGUGAGAGCUGUGAAGACUGUGAUUUCAGCUGCUGGAAACCUGAAGAGAAAUCCUGACAUGAAUGAGGAGUUGAUCUGUCUGCGGGCCAUUCAGGACGUGAAUGUACCAAAGUUUUUACAAGAUGACCUGAAGCUGUUCAAUGGUAUUGUGUCUGACCUUUUCCCGAAUACAAAACAGGAGCCAGUUGACUACGGCAUACUUGAGAAUCCAUGCGAAAAUGUCUGCUUGAAAAAGAAUCUCAAAGAUGUCGAUGGUUAUAUUAAUAAAUGUAUUCAGCUUUAUGAGACCACAGUGGUGAGACAUGGUUUGAUGUUGGUGGGGCCUUCUGGGUCAGGUAAAACCAAGUGUUAUGAGAUACUCGCUGAGGCAAUAACAGCUCUAACGGGCCAGCCCUCUGUGAGCGGUGAUGUGUACGAGACUGUUAGCACGUAUGUCCUCAAUCCUAAAUCUAUCACCAUGGGACAGCUCUAUGGGGAGUAUGAUUUACUCACACAUGAGUGGACAGAUGGCAUCCUUUCCUCUCUUAUCCGUGGAGGGGCUUCAUCCAUGGACCAAAAUAAAAAGUGGUACAUGUUUGACGGGCCAGUGGAUGCUGUAUGGAUUGAAAAUAUGAACACUGUGCUAGACGACAACAAAAAGCUGUGCCUCAGCUCAGGGGAAAUCAUCAAGCUCACUAAUGUGAUGACAAUGAUGUUUGAGGUACAGGACUUAGCGGUGGCAUCUCCAGCCACAGUGUCUCGCUGUGGUAUGAUCUACCUGGAGCCCAGUGUUUUGGGCCUGAUCCCCUUUACGGAGUGCUGGCUGAGGCAGGCCCCUGAAGCCCUGAAACCAUACACAGAGCAGCUAAACUCUCUCUUUACCAGGUUCUUGCAGGACUCCAAUCUCAUUUGUACGGAAUUUGUCAAUGAGAUCAUCACGUCCCUGGACACAAACAUAACCUGUAGUCUUCUUAAACUGAUGGACUGCUUCUUUAAUCCCUUUAAUGCCAAAGAGAAUGAAAUUGCACUACCUCAGAAGAAAGUGGCCCUUCUGAAGGAACUGAUUGAGCCCUGGUUCUUUUUCUCUCUGGUGUGGAGUGCAGGAGCCACAGGAGAUGCAGCCAGCUUCCAGCGCUUCAGUGCCUGGCUCAGAAACAAGAUGGCAGAGGAGAAAAUUCACUUAUGCUUUCCUGAAGAGGGGCUGGUAUAUGACUACAUGCUUGAUGAUGCAGGAAUUAUUGACUUUGAAAAUGAAGAUGACAAUCAACGAAAAAUCAAGUGGGUCCACUGGAUGAACUGUGCACCAAAUUUUACAAUCACUCCAGAGACAAAAUACGCUGACAUCAUUGUUCCCACUGUUGACACAGUGAGGAUGUCUUUCUUGAUGGAUAUGCUGUUGACAAAUAAGAAACCUGUGCUGUGUAUUGGUCCAACUGGCACUGGCAAGACUAUGACCAUUUCAGACAAACUACUGAAAAACAUGUCUGAUGAAUAUAUCACACACUUCCUAGUGUUCUCUGCCCGUACCUCAGCUAAUCAGACUCAAGAUUAUAUAGACAGUAAACUGGACAGCAGGCGAAAGGGGGUAUUUGGGCCUCCAUUUGGAAAGAACUUCAUCUUCUUCAUUGAUGAUCUAAACAUGCCCAUGUUAGAGACCUACGGUGCCCAGCCUCCUAUUGAGCUGCUGAGACAGUGGAUGGACCAUGGAGGCUGGUAUGACAGGACGCAAAUAGGGGCAUUCAGAUCCAUCGAAGGCAUCAAUUUUGCCUGUGCCAUGGGGCCCCCAGGUGGGGGCCGCAAUCCCGUCACCCAGCGCUUCACACGCCACUUCAACUUCCUGUCCUUCACUGAAAUGGAAGAUAGCAGCAAGAAAAAGAUUUUCUCCACCAUCCUCAGCAGUUGGAUGGGACCAGGGGUUCAGGAACUUAAUGAGUCUAUUGUAGCUGCCUCUCUCAAAGUCUACUCAACCACUACCUCCCAACUCCUCCCAACUCCAGCCAAAUCCCAUUACACUUUCAACCUCAGAGACCUUGCUAAGGUUUUCCAAGGAAUCCUCAUGGCUGAUUCUACAAUGAUACAGAGCAAAAUCCAGCUGCUGCAGCUUUGGUACCACGAAAACUGCAGAGUUUUUCAGGAUCGUCUAGUGAGUGCGGAGGACAGAGAUUGGUUCAAGAGACUUCUAAAGGACUGCUUUCAAAGUUUUGGAUGUAGCUUUCAGGAGGUUCUACCCUGCCAACCUGUUUUGUAUGGUGAUUUCAUGAACCCCAGCGCUUACAACAUUGUCUACACAUUCAUAGAUGACAAAGAAAAGUUGGUGAAGGUGAUGCAGGAGUACAUGGACGACUAUAACCAGGUCAGCACAGUCAAGAUGAAACUGGUGCUUUUCAUGGAUGCCAUUGAGCAUGUGUGUCGUAUCAGCCGUAUUCUGCGCCAGCCCAUGGGCAAUGCUCUGCUGCUUGGAGUUGGUGGCAGUGGCCGACAGUCACUUACUAAACUGGCUUCAUACAUGUCAAAAUAUGAGUGCUUUCAGAUUGAGCUGUCUAAAAAUUAUGGCCCCACAGAAUGGAGAGAAGAUAUUAAAAGCAUCAUGUUGAAAGCUGGCCUUCAGAAUGUGCAAAUCACCUUCCUCUUUGUGGACACACAGAUCAAGAAUGAAUCAUUUCUUGAAGAUAUCAACAACAUGUUAAACUCUGGAGAUGUUCCCAACCUGUAUGCAUCAGACGAGCAGGAUCGCAUCCUAACUACUAUGAUGCCAGUGGUUCAGUCCCUGGGCCAGCAGCCAAACAAAGCCAACCUUAUGGCUGCCUACAUCAGGAGGGUCCGUAGCAACAUCCAUAUUGUGCUUUGCAUGAGUCCAAUCGGUGAGGUGUUUCGUUCAAGACUGAGGCAAUUUCCCUCACUGGUAACAUGCUGCACAAUAAACUGGUUCAGCAACUGGCCAGAGGAGGCGCUGCAGGCUGUUGCUUCAUCAUUUCUUAGUGAACUCACAGAACUAGAAGUCAGUCCAUCAGCCAUGAAGGGACUGACCUUGAUGUGUGUGAAGAUCCACCAGACAGUAGCCAGGAAGUGUGAACAGUACCUGGCUGAGUUUUCUCGACACAACUAUGUCACACCCAAAAGCUACCUGGAACUGCUAAAAAUCUUCUCAGAUCUUAUUGGGCGCAAAAAACAAGAGUUGUGCAGUGCACGGAAGAGAAUGAAAACCGGUCUGGACAAGCUCUUGAGCACAGAGGACGAUGCAAGUAAGAUGCAGGAAGAACAGGAGAAGAUGAGGCCACUUCUGGAGGAGGCUGCUAAAGACACUGGGGCUACAAUGGAGAUCAUCAAAAAAGACAAAGUAGCUGCAGAAGAGACCCGCAAGUCAGUGCAGGAGGAAGAAGCCAAGGCAUCAGAGAAAGCCAGUUUUGCCGAAGGAAUUGCAGCAGAUGCCCAGAAGGACUUGGACAAGGCUCUGCCAGCUCUGGAGGAAGCACUUAAAAGUCUCAAGAAACUCAACAAAACUGAUGUCACUGAGGUGCGAGCCUUGCAGCGACCUCCUCGUGGGGUGAAGCUGGUAAUUGAGGCAGUGUGCCUCAUGAAGGGCAUUAAACCCAAAAAGAUACCUGGAGAGAAGCCUGGCACAAAGAUAGAUGAUUACUGGGAGCCUGGAAAGGGUUUGCUCCAGGACCCUGGCAAGUUUCUUGAGAGUCUUUUCAACUAUGACAAGGAUAACAUCCCAGAUCACAUCAUCAAAUCCAUCCAGCCCUACAUAGAUAAUGAAGAAUUCAUGCCAGAGUCCAUUGCCAAGGUUUCCAAAGCCUGCACCUCUAUUUGCCAGUGGGUGAGAGCCAUGCAUAAAUAUCAUGGUGUGGCGAAGACUGUGGAGCCAAAAAAAGCAAGCUCUGUUAGCGUCAGGAAGACUUAGCGGCAAACCCAAGCGCAUCCUAGAUGAUGCAAAGGCAAAAUAGCAGCAGCGGAGGAGGGUAUUGCCACUUUGCAAGCGACGUACCAGGUCCUCGCCAAGAAAGAGGAGCUGGACAAUAAGUUUCAACUGUGUGAGACCCGCCUAGUCAGAGCAGACAAGCUUAUGGGUUUACUGGCAGAUGAGAAGGUGCGUUGGAAGGAGACAGCGCAGCAUCUGGAUUACUUGGUUAAGAACGUGGCAGGCGAUGUGCUCCUAUCUGCUGCGUACAUUACAUAUCUAGGGCCUUUCAUUGGAGAAUACCGGGCAGCCAUGGCAGAGGAGUGGCUGCAGUGUUUUAAGGAGCUGAGUGUUCCACACACAGAUGAACCAAACCUGAUCACGACCCUAGGAGACCCGGUUAAAAUACAUUCAUGGCAGAUAUGUGGUUUGCCAAAGGAUAACCUUUCAGAGGAAAAUGGUGUGAUUACCCAGUUCUCUCUGCGUUGGCCUCUGUUCAUUGAUCCUCAGGGUCAAGCCAACACUUGGAUUAAAAACAUGGAGCGUGAGAGUGGUUUGGAAAUUAUGAAGCUCAGUGACCGAAGCCUCCUCACCAUUCUGGGAAAUGCCAUUCGCCUUGGUACACCCUGCCUCUUAGAGAACAUAGGAGAGGAAAUAGAUCCUGCUCGACCUGUAUUACUGAAACAGACAUAUAAGCACCAAGGCAGCACAUGGCUGAAGCUGGGAGAUUCAGCUACCGAGUACAAUGAAAGCUUCAGAAUGUACAUCACUACCAAGCUGCCCAACCCACACUACUCUCCAGAGGUCUCCAGCAAAGUCACUCUUAUUAACUUCACCCUGUCACCAAGUGGUCUGGAAGAUCAGUUGCUUGGCCAAGUGGUGGCAAAGGAGCGUGCAGACCUGGAGGAGGCUAAGAACCAGCUGAUCGUUAGCAAUGCUAAAAUGAAACAGGAACUGAAAGAGAUUGAAGAUGAGAUCCUAUUCCGGCUCAGCUUAACAGAAGGAAACCCUGUCGACAAUGAAGAACUCAUUCAAGUGUUAGAGGCUUCCAAAAUCAAGGUUGAAGAGAUCAAGGCCAAGGUAAAAGUAGCAGAGACAACAGAGCAGGACAUUGACACCACCCGACUACAAUAUGUGCCAGUAGCUGUGUGCACACGGAUUCUUUUCUUCUGCGUAUCAGACCUGUCUAGUGUGGACCCUAUGUACCAGUACUCUCUGGAGUGGUUCCUUGGCAUCUUUAUAGCUGGCAUUGCCAACUCUGAGAGAGCAGACACUGUGGAGAAGAGAAGCCACAACAUCAAUGAAUUUUUCACCUUCAGCCUUUACAGCAAUGUGUGCCGUAGCUUGUUUGAGAAGCACAAACUCUUGUUUGCAUUUCUGCUUUGCACUCGCAUAAUGAUGAAUGAGAACAAAAUUGAUAUGACUGAGUGGCGUUAUCUGCUGUCUGGGGGGAUCCCCAUUCAAGAGCUUCCCAAUCCAGCAGAGAGCUGGUUGUCUGAACGUGCCUGGAAGGAUAUCCUGGGCCUCAGCACUCUGCCCAACUUCAGCAAACUACCAGAGAGCUUCAGAGAACACCUGAAAGGCUUUAAGAAAAUCUUUGACAGCAACCAGCCUCACAGGGAGCCCCUCCCUGGAGAUUGGAACGUCAUGUUAGAUUCCUUCCAGAAACUAUUGGUUGUGCGCUGUCUGAGGGCUGACUGUUUGAUCCCAGGCCUGCAGGAUUUUGUUUCAGCUCAGCUGGGCCAGCGCUUCAUAGAGCCUCAGACAUCAGACCUGUCUGUGGUCUUCAAGGAGUCAUCUGCCUCCACUCCCCUUAUCUUUGUUCUGUCCCCUGGCACUGACCCAGCGGCUGACCUCUACAAGUUUGCUGAUGUCAUGAAUUUCUCCAAGAAACUGAAUGCUAUCUCUCUGGGCCAAGGCCAGGGCCCCUGGGCUGAAGCCAUGAUGAACACAGCCAUGGAAGAAGGUCAGUGGGUCUUCUUCCAGAACUGUCACCUGGCGCCUAGCUGGAUGCCUACCCUUGAGAGGCUCAUCGAGAACAUAGACCCAGCGAAGGUGCACAGUGACUUCCGUCUAUGGCUCACCAGUCUACCCACCAACAAAUUUCCAGUAUCUAUCCUCCAAAAUGGUUCCAAGAUGACUAUGGAGCCUCCCAGGGGCAUUAAGGCCAAUCUACUGAAAAACUAUUUGAGGCUCACUGAUGAUUUUAUCAACUCUUCCACUAAGAUAACACACUUGAAGUCUUUGCUCCUGUCGCUAUGUCUGUUCCAUGGAAUUGCUCUGGAACGUAGAAAGUUUGGCCCAUUAGGCUUCAGUAUUCCCUAUGAGUUCACAGAUGGAGACCUGAACAUCUGCAUCAGCCAACUCAAAAUGUUCCUCGAUGAGUACCAGAACAUCCCGUACAAGGUGUUAAAAUACACUGCUGGGGAGAUUAAUUAUGGUGGCCGUGUGACUGAUGACUGGGACAGACGCUGUCUCCUCAGUGUACUGGAAGAUUUCUACUGUCCCGCUGUGCUCAGUGCUGACCAUUUCUAUUCCUCUUCUGGAGUCUAUCACCAGAUUGACACGAAUCUGGAUAUCAAGGGUUACUUGGAAUACAUCCAUGGUUUGCCCAUCAAUGAUACGCCUGAGGUCUUUGGUCUCCAUGACAAUGCUAACAUCACCUUUGCCCAGAAUGAGGCCUUCACCCUGCUGGGAACACUGGUUCGACUCCAGCCUCGAGCUGCAUCUGCUGGAGGGAAAAGUCAGGAGGAGAUUGUGGAGGAGAUGGUGACAGGCAUCAUUGAAAAAAUCCCCCAACCUAUCAAUGUCCAAGACGUGAUGGAAAAGUAUCCAGUACUCUAUGAAGAGUCCAUGAACACAGUGCUCAUCCAGGAGGUCAUCAGGUACAACAAACUGCUGGAGAUCAUUUCGCUGAGUCUCAGUGAUCUUGUAAAGGCUCUAAAGGGCUUGGUAGUGAUGUCAUCAGAACUGGAGCUUAUGGCCAACAGCCUGUUCAUCAAUACGGUGCCUGAUAUGUGGCGAAUCAAGGUGUACCCUUCCCUGAAGCCUCUGGCCUCCUGGGUGUCAGACCUGCUGCAGAGGAUCAACUUCAUGCAGACAUGGAUCUCUAAUGGAAUUCCACAUGUCUUCUGGAUUAGCGGCUUCUUCUUCCCUCAGGCUUUUCUCACCGGAACCCUCCAGAAUUACGCUCGUCGCUCACAAACACCCAUCGACACAGUUGGAUUUGACUUUAAGGUGAUUGUGAAGUCAGUGUCAGAGAUAAGAGAGAAGCCAAACAUGGGCUGCUACAUUCACGGUCUAUUCCUGGAGGGGGCUCGCUGGGACAAAGAGACAGGCCAGCUCGCAGAGUCCAGGGCCAAGGAGCUCCACACGGAAAUGGCCGUCAUCUGGAUGAUUCCUCAACCCAACCGCAAACCUCUGAGUGAAGGGAUCUAUCUCUGCCCCAUGUACAAGACCCUCACACGUGCAGGGACGCUGUCAACUACCGGUCAUUCUACCAAUUACGUCAUUGCAGUGGAGCUCCCAACACAUCGCAGCCAGGGACACUGGAUCAAACGAGGAGUCGCCCUCAUCUGUGCGCUGGACUACUGAACACACUAUUUACUUACACUUAGUUACAAUCAACACCACUCUGUGUGCCAAGGAAUCGC